CUUCAUUACGUUUCUAUGGACACUCAAGCGAGAUUACGGCGAGCUUAACACCGAAUAAAGGAAGGCCGAAGGACAAGCAUUUUAACUUUAAGUUUGCUCUCAUCACUAAACUGUUCUGUCGUUGAUGCUUAAUUGAAUCUGUUGCAGAAAAUGGCAGGUAAUAAAGGGACCACAAUCAAAGAAGCCCUCUCCAGAUGGGAGGCAAAAGAAAUGGAAAACAGUGAGAGCAAGGAAAAGGUCAAAGCCUCUGAUGCAAAGGCAGUCAAGCUCUUCUUCCAGAUCCCUCCCAUUGAUAAAAUGGAUGCAUCUCUCUCAACUCUGGCCAACUGCGAGCAAUUGUCCCUUUCAACAAAUAUGAUUGAAAAGAUUGCAAACUUGAAUGGCCUAAAAAGCCUCAAGAUUCUAUCACUUGGUAGAAAUCUUAUCAAGAAUCUCAAUGGACUGGAAGCAGUAUCGGACACAUUACAAGAACUCUGGAUCUCCUACAACUUUAUUGAGAAGUUGAAAGGCAUCCAGGUCCUCAAGAAACUCAAAGUGUUGUACAUGUCCAAUAAUUCAGUCAAAGAUUGGGGAGAAUUCGACAAACUGAACCAGUUGCCUUGCCUAGUAGAACUUGUAUUUGUAGGUAACCCACUAGAAGAGAAGCAUUCAGCAGACGGAGACUACAUUACACUCGUCAUGAAGAAACUUCCAGGACUAAAGAAGCUUGAUGGUGAACCGCUUGUUGACAACAAAAUGGAAGAAGAGGAUGAAGAUUGAUGUACCAGAAGAAACUCAUCUCAUUGCUACAAAUGUUUGCGCAAGAUGGACACACCUCAUGCAGAUUUUCAUAAUCUUUUACAUUUUUUUAUUAUACGGAAUUCAUCACAUUACCUUUGGGAGAACAAUGUGGAAAGUGUGCCCAUGUUAUGGUGUUACACAGUAUAGUUGUUCCUCUCUUUAUAAUACCCUCUUGUAAUCUUUCCUUACUUUCUCUAGCAUUCUUGCAAAGUUAUGUCCAAUAUUAAUUGAAUACACCUAGUUUUCGGGAAGAAGUUACAUUUUUUUCUUAAUUUGGCAGUGUUUGACCAAACAUCCCUGACAGACAUAAGAACAAAUUAUUGAGGUUUAGUAGAAUACAAGUGGAUGUAUAUUUUCAGUUCAAAUUCUAUGUGUACCACAUAAAGGAAUUUCCAACACAAUAUCACGACCCAUUAAAUUUCCCUAUCACAUUUUAGGCUGAUUUUUCAACCUGUUUUUGUUCUCUCAUGUUAGAUAGGUAAUCCCUUUACAGAGUAGGUUUAUUGUCUGAAGCAUAAUAUCCUGAACUGUAAAAAUGUAUGUAGCCCCUUCAAUACAUUUCACAUAUGUUCCUGCCAACCAAAAUGGUAAGUUUUUUUGGGGUUGCCUGCCCUUUUGUUCCUUCUACUCUGCAAUAAUUACAUGAAAUCUAAUAGGAUUUUACUCUUUGAUAUUGCGAUGCCUCGAGCAUCAUUUUAAGUAUGAACAUCCAACAUGUUAUCAGUGUACACCAAGAAAGUGGAGAUGAUGGGACUUGGUCCAGUUGUUUAAGGUCACUUGGGUCAGUUUUAUUAUGUGGUAGCCUGAUCUAUUCUCUUCUUGAAUCAUACACAAACUUAUCCGAGCAAAGAUGUGGCAAUAGUGGCAAAUGGUAAGAGAUAACUGAAUAUUGGUACAGGUAGAGUAUUUGGGAUGUGCUCACAUAAUUUUCAAGGUAAGUCUUGGUAUAAUGUUAUUUAAAUAAAGACAGUUUUGAUAAAAACAGUUAAAUUGAAUAAAAUUUGUCUCGUCAGUCUUGUAUGAUAACCAGUAUAGUGUUGAUCUUAUACUUUUUUAAUAGAGCUCCCACUCUUAUUUUAGCAUGAAGUAUAUUAAUAUUAUUCAUACUCUACAUUGAUAUCUAAUUUCUCUUCAAAUAGGAAGAUUUGAUAUGAAUAUUUCAAUGUGUUAUCUACACCUUGAUCAAAACAAAAAUUGAAUGUUGUAAUUAUAAAAUUAUCCCUUUGUUAAAAUCCCAAGGGGUUUUGUUGUUUUUUCUCCAAAAUGAUACCUGUAAAAUUGUGGGUAGUCUGCAGGGUUGUUUAUUUGCUGUAUAUGAGAUACAGUGGAACCUUGUUAUAAAGAGGGACUAAGAAAAUGUUAUUUAUUGAUACCUUGUUAUAUGAAGGUUCAAAACAGUAAGUUUCAAAGAAGUGGGACCAUCACCAGUCGAUGAGAGCUUUUCUCCAAUUGAUGUUUAUAAUGAGGUUCCAACUGAAUAUUUUUCACAUAUUUGAAAAUUCAUUUAUAUAGAUCCAAAAAUAACUAAAAAUUAUUCAGUUAGAAAUUUAUUUAUGACUAGGAUUAUGGUCACCUUUCUGUCUGAAAAUGACAUUAAGGUGUAGGUAUGUUAUGUGCCUGUGGACAUUUUUAGCCAAUUCAGAAAGUUGUUUUUGCAUAAUAUGUUUUUUUGCAAAGUGAACUGAAAAAACAAGGAAUCCUGUAUCAAUAUGUAUAUAUACUGUGUAUGAUAUGUAAAUAAAAUUGUAUUUGUAAAACUUUCA